AUGUCUGCCUGCCUGCCUGCCUAUCUGCCGGUCCGUCCGCUCGCCCACCGCUCGUCUCCCGCCUGCCUGCCUGUCUGCCGGUCCGCCCGCUCGCCCGCCGCCCGUCACCCGCCUGCUAGCCUGCCUGCCUGCUCCUUCGCUCCGAUAAAGUAUCAAAUCCGUGGAAACCUGUCCGAUUCCCGAGAUACCACAAUACCCCCAUUCAUCAUUGACGACGAACCAAAACACUUGUUGAUGACAUGGAAAGAGGGAUUUGAGGAAGAGUAUAACAGCGGAAGUCUCUAUGCUAGUUCUAGCGACAAUCCGACACUAUCGCCGUCUGAUAGCGGCCUUGAUUCGGACAACUCUACAGGAGUCAAAAGGAACGUUGGUGUGACGGCUGUCAAUGAACCAGUUGCAAACGUGAAAGCAUGCAAGGACUCGCAACCUGCAGCUCCUUCGGAAAAGAUCAAUAUUGAACAGGAAACGACGCAACAAAAUGAAACCGCAGACGACAGCGAUGAUGGGAAGCCUCCUCAUUCCUACAUCGCCCUUAUCUCCAUGGCAAUCCUUAGCACACGUGCUCGGAACAUGCUGCUAAGCGAAAUCUACCAGUACAUCAUGAACAACUUCGAGUUCUACAACAACGAUAAAAAGCCAUGGAGAAACAGCAUUCGUCAUAAUUUGAGUCUCAACGAAUGCUUUAUUAAGGCUCGCAGAUCAGAAAACGGUAAGGGAAAUUACUGGACUAUUCAUCCAGCUUGCAUAGAUGACUUUGCACGUGGGGAUUUCCGACGACAUCAUUCUAAGCGCCGAGCGAGAAAAUGUACCAAGGUCCAAUACUCGAGAGGAAUGUACGGCUACAACGAUGAAUACAUUCCGAUGACACAAUCGCACGUCUGCUGCGCCGCGUAUGACAACUCGACUUCACUGUACUACAUGCCGCCCCCUACUGCCUGUCGACAGGUUCUUCCAAUGCCCUAUCCAACUCUUCCCUACCCGCAAAUGAUCGGAUCCACAACAUCACCAGCCAGUUUUAUGACUGGACCAUGCGUAGGAGCAGGAAUUGCAAUGGAACAUUUGGCUCAACAACAGAGUGCUUUCGCCACCCCAUACCAGUAUCAUCAUUUGUAG